GCGAAUUGGUGCAGGUACAUUUGUGACCUGCCUUCUUGUGACUCCCAAAGAACGAACAGUCAAAGCUCAGUCAUCAGGCUACCUAGCGCAAAGUCGCUACAGUGGACUGCACCAGCUACAAUGACACAGGAGACGUUUUUUUUUGCCCGUUUUUUCUCACAUGGACGUUUUCGCAGGUUCCGGGUUUGUCUGCACAAAUGACACGUCAGUUUCCAUUGGCUACCUACAGUGUAGUGUCAACUGCCCCGCCGGGCUGAACUGCAGCAGCACCCAGGAUAUUCUCCAGAUUUCUGUUCUCACAUGGGCUAGUUAGACUGUCCAAUGGCACCGAGCCUCUAGUCGGCAUUUAGACCAGGCUUUUGAGGGCUUGAAGAAUAUCCAGACUCAGUUCGAUUGCAAACUUCAACAUUCGGUGGAUGAAGAUAAUCUUCAGGCGUAUGUUAGGUGCUUGACGAUGGGGAUCAGCCUUUCGCGAUCGUAUUCAAGGAAGGGCUCCAGACGAUCCCGAAAGAGUUUGAAACACGUUUUUGACACCGGAUUCGUCAAAAAGUAUGUCUGCGAUACAAAGGAGGGUGUGGAAAGCAGCCACUAUGGAGCAACUCACUUAGCCAUUGACAGGCUCACCAGUCAACAGGUGGCCUUGAGGAUUAUCAGUAAAAAGCAGUUGCAGGCCGAAAGUGAGUUUACAAGUGACCGGCUGGCAUAUGAAGUUAAUUGUUUCCGAAAGGUAGCCGGGCAUGAGAAUGUCCUACACUUGGAGGGAGCAUAUGAAGAUGAAGAAUUCUAUUAUAUCGUAAUGGAGCUCUGCGACGGUGGGACUAUUGCUGAAAGAAUCGAGGAGCGAUUCGAUAGGAAGCGGAAUUUCUAUUGUGAAAAGGAGGUGGCCUCCAUUUUGAGGCAGAUGCUCAAGGCAGUGGCAUUCUGCCAUGCAAAUGGAGUAGCGCACAGAAAUUUGAAGAUAGAGAGUUUUGUGUACAAGGGCAAAGAUGAGGAUUCUUGCCUCAAGAUGGUGGACUUCAGCUCAGCGGCAUUUUUCCAUCCAGGGGAAAAGUCACCAUUCAUGCGGCCUGCAGGUUGUCUGUAUUAUAUGUCCCCCGAAUGCAUAAAUCAGUCAUAUGGAGCGUCUGCAGACGUAUGGAGCUUGGGGGUUAUCUUGUAUAUCCUUCUGUGUGGCAAUCCUCCAUUUUGGGCCUUGAACAACCAGGGACUGGUUACGGAAAUUGUGUCAAGGCAUGUGGCAUUUUCAGCAAAGUGCUGGCAGAGGAUAUCAGAGAGUGCAAAGGAUCUAAUCAGGAAAAUGCUCGACAAGAACCCUGCCACCCGAAUCACCGCAACUGCUGCGCUUUCACAUCCCUGGGUAAAAGAAGGUGGAGAUGCGAAGGCAGUUCCAUUUGAAUCAAAGGUUUUCCAAGGCAUUCGACAGUUUAUACAAUAUGCGCACAUGAAACGACUUCCUGUUGGGAGUCCCGAUGGUCCCUGUCCCAUGUGCAAUAGCCAAACCAUCAGGCCCGGCGGCCGAAAAGCGGUUCAGGCCCUUCGAGUCACGUCGACCUGGUACCCGACAAGAAAAGUCCCAAGUCCUAAGUCCCAGUCUAAUUUUAGCAGCAGCAUCCUGGAAAAGUCUGGCGAGGGGUUACCUUAUUUAUUUGUUUCUGAUCCACCAAUCAUCAAGUGCUUGGCAGCCGUAGGAACGGUGCUGAACAUCUGUAGAAUGGAUUACUACAACUGUAUGAUAAACGAAUGCGAUGCCGGCUAUCGGCGGAAGCAAGGCAACAAUCACGUGUUUAAGAGGACAAGUUUAGCAUCAACUGUUGGAAUGGAGCUUUUCCAGUUUAGAAAUGUAUGUGUGUCUCAGAUGUCGAAGCUAUCGUGCAGUGAAUGGCAGCGAGGUGUGAGUGGGGGGUGGGGCAGGGGAAGAGAGGCAGGGGAAGAGGGGUGAUGUGGGUUGGAAUAAUGCAUGGUUUAUCAGAAAAUGAUAUGAUUGCAAACAUGAUGUACUGUUAGUUUUUGGUCGAGGCAAGGAUCUUUGUUCGCCCUUUAGAAACAACUGCAAUGAGCUGGAAAGCUUGCUCACCAGGCCAGGGCAGGCAGCUAGGAAGGAGCGGAGGGAGGGGGGAAUCAUACAUAGAUAUCAUGUUCCAAAAAAAAAGUGAGGUUAGGUUGUUGCUGUGCUGCAAGUACCAGGAGUGUUGUUGUUAGUGUAUUGAGCUACGGUUGCUAUCCACCAGACAUUAGUAGAAUGCCCUCGAUACUUCGAACUUAGCAUGUAAUGGAUCUCUAGUUCUCUCUACCUUAGAACAAGAAAGCCUGAUAAUGUUCACGAACAUCGGUAUAAGGGAGGUCAGCUGGAUCUUGCUGUAUUUCUUUUGCCAGUUAGUUCCCCAACGGGAUAGCGCAGGGGCAGCGGCUCUUGUGUGCAUGGUGUAUGUAGGAAUCGGAUGUGAUGCGCACGAGUCCAGCUGCAAGGUGCUGUGAUGCGACUACGACUGCUGACGCUACUCUCUUCCUCGUCUUCUCCUGUCUCUUUCUGGUUCUCUUUUUUCGCUCCGCUCCUGCUACUUGCAUGACUAGCCAGCCGUUUGUCGUCGUCAGCAGAGCAGCCUUGUUGUUAACGGAUUUUAUGGAUUUUAUCGAUUGCCGCCAGAAGCACUCGCACUUAGUGCCCUCGAAGAAUCGUUGUCUGUAUGUUGGUGUUUACGAGCAGAUUUAGCAAACAACAUUCUGUUGUGUUUUAGGGUCUACUUUGACGGAAAAAGGUGGAGGGAGAUAGUCUGUGUGCAGAAGAAUUGUGGAGAUUGGAAAAUGGCAAGGUACUAAGGGAGUGUGACGGUGGGGGGAGGGGUUAUGAAUGGGUUAUGUUAUGUUUGAUGAGGAGAAAAGGAACAGAUGCAAUUUGAAGCAGGGUAGGGGUGAGAAGAGGGAAGUAAGAUGCCGGUCCCCGAGGCCAGAGUCAGGCACAAAGGCCAGCUUGUUGCUUUACCAGGAUCGUCCAGUGUCCGGUCAUGGUCCCAUCAGUCAAAGUAGCCCAAGAUAUUUUGCAUCCGAGUUCGGCAGUCCUACCUGGAGACGCACCUUCUGUCCUUCGCAUGCAGACCAUUUCUCAA